AUGCUGUCUCCCAACUUAGAGGAGACAGAUAAUGGAACAAUCAAGGAGCCCGCGAACUUCGUGAUUCGUCCGCAAAGCGAAAGUGAGGACAAUCAAUCAGGAAGAUCACGACUGACCACUCCAGGGCUAGAAAGCGAUAACCACAAAGGAAACGGCAGAACGCAGCCACAGCUACAAGCUUCGCAAGCCUUCAAAAGACCGAGGAAAUGGCUUGAAGAGGACGAUGAACUUGAUCCAGAAAACCCUUUGGGUCUCGAAAGGGGGCGGUAUAAGAAGCGAGUUCCUUCAAAAGUCAUUGACCGUCUUUGGACUAAACUAGAACCAGAUCUGUUCAAGUCACUCGAUAGGAUUUUCAGCAUUGCCCUCAACAAAGUACUCGAAAGGUAUAAGGGCUCUACAAAUGAACAGUAUAAGAUCGCCGAAGCGCAGAAAGUACUCUCCCAACACUGGACUAGCGAUAAACUUGCGAAGUCUUUCUUGGCCAGACUAAAAGUGACUAAACUACCGCCCGUAAAGUCUCUACUGGUAAAAUUACGGGGUGUGAAAGCCGAUCCGCAUAAUAAUCUUGAUAUCGAUCAAGCUCAACGCAAGAAAGCAAUGUACGAAGCAUACCUUCUGGCAGAGAAUCAACAGCUUCAAGAGCUUGAGGCUUACUACAAAUCAAUAAAAAGAGCCUUCGAUGAUGAUACAAAGUAUUUGGAAGAGUUCAAGAAGACAACAGCGUCAAUUCAGGCACUGGAUGCCCGAGAUAUGGAACAGAAAAAGAAGGACUUUCGACUAGAUGAGGCCCGUUUAGCGGACGACAUCAAUCUCAGUAAUAUUCCAACACAUAUUCCGAAAGAAUUUGCAAACAUUCAUUUUGAGCCAAACAAAGAUCCUGACGUCAGACAAUUGCUUGAGAAUACCCAACGGUGUCUUCGAGAACUUGCUCCUCAAGAAGAAUUGCGCGAGCUUCUUACGAUCUGUGAUGAGCUUGACGAGUUUCAAAGCAAACUUGAUAGUGGCAGAAUGUUCAGUGUGCAUGGUAAAUGA